AUGGUCCUGAAUACUUCAUCAACUGGCCGGAUCAUCCCUCUCUUCUUCCACUUUCCCUCUCCAGAUCUUCUGCAUAGCUUUGUCCGACAAAUGUGCAACCCUUUCGAAUGCUUUUUAUCUCCCGAUAGGGAGCGAGGGUUGGUUCUUCCACCUCCAUACAAGACCAACGUACCAUGGGACCCGCUGACUGGGCGCUACGAUUACAUGCUACCAGAUUAUGCAAUCCGUUCUCUCCAGCGUUGUUUGAUCUGGCGCAUGGCUAUCGAUUGGAAGCUGCAACGGCAUAUCGAGAAGUACGACAGACCACAGGGUCCGGCGUACGCGAACUUUGAGAGAAACUGUGGACUUUUUGGCUGCUACGUGCUCGGCAAGCGAAGCUCCAAUGUACUGGAGGGCCAUCUAUCUAAAACCCUUUUUGGACCGGGCGAAUCUAUCGGUAUCCCGAGGAAUCUUCUAGAGUUCUUCAUACUCUCGAUGCGACAAGCGGAGCAGAACCCACUCAAACGUAUUGCCUGCCGUCGAAACGCAAUGAUGCUCGUCCGACUAGUCCUGGACUCCAGUAUCCUGAUCGAUCUCAUGGCUCCCGGGACCGUCUUCGCCAGAAAGCUCAAGGCCAAAUGCGCGAAACUGCACAAGGAGAACUUUCCUUGGCUGUUGGAGCCAGCAAAAAUCGGUAUCGGUGAGUCCAUCAAGGCAAGAGCCACCGACAUAUACAACGAGGACGUGCCAACAGGUCGUUGGAAGGAGACGGAAUUGCUGUUGCGAGAAUGUAUGCGUCCGUGUGCUGCUUUGAUGGAUCUUAACCUCAUCUUGUCGACUAUCCGCGAGGUCAACAUGUCUUACUUGGAGCCGGACGCUGAUGUUGGUCGACCACCCGAGUUUGUGAUGCGUCCUUUGCGUGCGCACAGAGAUCUUUUGCCGGCUGUCAUUGUCUGCGGUCCUGUUCGAUGGCAGAAUACAGACCUGACUGUCACUACAGCCACACCGAGAGCCGAUCGAGCAAACCAGAAAUCAAGCAAGCAAGCAAUUCGGGACACGGUCGCGACACUAUAUUGCUUGAUCAUCGGGAGAUAA